CUUGGAGCAUGAAAUAUUCUCCUGAAAUUUAUGUUGGCAACACAGCGUAGCAAUUCAUUCCAGCUAAAGUAGUUCGUUAUUGAAAUAUAUUUUUAAUUGGAAGUUGGACUGUUAAUUACUUCCCUAACUACUUUUUAUUCUGGAAUUAUCUGUGUCUCACUAUAAAUUGCCAAAAUUCCGGUCCCUACAAGAAAACUGGAGAGCGCCUACUCCGGCAAGACAGAGGAGAUUGACAUAAAAAUGAACAGCAAACGAAAAAGUCGUGCGAUUCCCGGAAGAUCGCCAAGGCCUGGUAGACCUGACAGAAAUGUAGCUGCCGAGGGUGUAUACAACAAUUCUCUAUUCAUGCACUCCAUCACCGGUCAUAUUGGAAACACAGUUAUUGUUAUCACACAGAAUGGACAAGCCUACGAAGGCAUUUUCCGCACAUUCUCAAGUCAGUUUGAGAUUGUAAUCGAAAUGGCACAUAAGGUGGACGAAUCACGUCCAAAUUCUUUUGAUCCACGAACAGUUGUUGAUAAACUAAUUUUUAGACCACAAGACAUCCUGUCUAUAUCAUUGAAGGAUGUAGACUUGGAGUUUGCCACAAAAGACACGUUCCAAACAGACACAGCGAUUAGUAAAUUCAAUGGUCAAGUUGGUGAACGUGAGUUGGAGCCUUGGGAAGGUCCAGGAUGUAAUGGUGACGAAUUUGAACUUGACGGCGCAACCGCAAAUGGAUGGGAUGUGAACGACAUGUUCAAAAAGAAUGAGCAAAUGUAUGGAGUGACAUCGACAUUCGAUCACGCUAUGCCUGGGUACACAACACAGAUACAAAGAGCAGACUCAACAGACUACAGAGAUGCCGAAGCUAGGGCGACCAAAAUUGCGAAUGAAAUCGAGAACAAUCCGACGUACAAAGCGCGUCUGGAACUGGAGAAUGGUGAGAACGAAGAGGAGAAAUUUGCAGCGGUUACUAGGCCUGCCACCGAUAAUGGCUCCGACAAGUAUGUGCCGCCUGCUAAGCGAAAACACAACCAGCAGACGGGCAAAGCUACCGCCUCCAGACCUCCACCUUCCGCCGCCUCUACGCCUCACCACAACCAUCAUCCACCCCCAACGCCCACACCACCUCCGCCGCCUCCACCGCAGGCCGCCCCUCCUGCCACCACUACACCGCCCUCAUCAUCUACGGCGACAUCCACCUCCUCCACGGCAUCUUCGUCUGCCUCCUCGAGCGCUAGUAGUCCGGUGACGGUCGCGCCGGUGCGCAACGGUGACGCCACCUCCGCACCAACCGUGCCCAAGCCUCAGCGUUCCACUACGGCCAUUCGCACAGGUCGUUCGUACAAUUCGGCUGACGUUAACAACGCGAGAUAUGAGCCGCCGACACAGCCGCAGCAGACAACGACACAGCCGCAGCAGACAACGACACAGCCGCAGCAGACAACGACACAGCCGCAGCAGACGACGACACAGCAGCAGCCGCAGACAACGACCGUUGCAACUAGAACUGUAGCUGCCACCACCACAUCUGCGUCUUCGACAACGAAUACCGAGAAUAAGACAACUACAACCGUGACUACACAAUCUGUGCAGACUACUGCGGUCACAGUGCAGACCUCUACUUCUGAUGGCCAUCGCAUCUCCGCUCGUACAAACAAAGGUCGCGAAGAACAGCUGAAUGAAUUGAAGAAUUUCAAGGAGGAUUUCAAGCUCUCGGAGCCAGCAGACGACCAAAAUAAGACGACUACAGUGUCCACUGCUAAUGUAGCUACCAAUGAUGUUGAUUCUGAGCCGACAAACAAAGACAAACCAACCACACCAGAUGUCGAUAAAAUGACUUCGACACUCAAGAAAUCCAAUUUGAACCCUAACGCCAAGGAGUUUGUCUAUAAUCCCAACGCGAAGCCGUUCAUAGCAGUAAGUGUAAAUGUCUCUAAUCCCAAUCCGGGAAUUGAUGUAAGUGAGAAUUUGAACCCUAACGCCAAGGAGUUUGUCUAUAAUCCCAACGCGAAGCCGUUCAUAGCACGUUCACCAAGCACUCCUACUCCGUCUCGACCGCAUACACCACAGACCCCCAGUUGGAGUCAGGCCACUCCGCCUCUUCCUCCACCUCACGCCACCAUGGUUAUGCCUGCCGCAUACGUGGUCACUACUGCUCAACCUGCCUACAAUGCAGCGCCUAACCAGUCCAAUCGAUAUAGGAAAGUACCAAUGACUAUGCCUCACCGACCUGACAUAGCCUCGCAGAUGCAAGUGGCUGCGGCCACAGGGCAGCCCCUGUUGGCUCCGGCUCCCAUGCACACUCACGCCCAGUUCACCAUGCCUUACUCACCGCAAGGCCAUAUUACUCCGCAGCCCUACCAACAGAUGGUGCGGAUGGUAGCUCAGCAGGGCAGUGGUGCAAUGGUGCCCCUCGUGUCCACUGCAAUUAACUACCACCACGACUCUGGCACUGGAGGCGGACCAGGUCCGGGCCCACAAAUGCAGUUCUUAGGGCCGCACGCGCACCACCCGCACCACGGUCACGGACAUGGACAUGGACACGGCCACGGUCAUGGCCACGGACACGGUCACGGACACCCGCCGCCUGGCGCAUCUCCCGGCCAAGCGGGCCAGUCGCAGUCUAGCGGUGGCGGAUAUCACUCUUUGGGCGGAGCUGGCGGAUCUAACGGAUCUACUAGCGGUAGCGGCAGCGGAAGCGGAAGCGGUAGCGGUGGAGGUGGCGGUAGCGGAAGCGGAAACUAUCCGCCUCCGCCUCAUCAGGGAGGUCCACCGCCGCAUACUCCCCCAACCCACACCUUCCCCAUGCUGUGUCCCAUCUUGCCGGCUGCUCCGCCUCCACCCCCUCCGCCGCAUCAUAUGAUGGCCGCCGCUGCGGCAGCUGCCGCCGCUCAAGGCACCAUGCAGGGCUACAUUCAUCACCACCAUAAUGGCCCAGUGGGAAGUCAGCAGCCUCACCAUAUUCAAGUUAUCAUUCCUCACAGUCAAUGAUUAGCAAGGAAAAAACCAGUUCGUUAGAAAAAUGUUAUCGGUUAUUGUAAUAAUAGGUAGCAGUUUCCUGUUUUCGUCAGAGACCAAAACGGGUCACAAACGAAUUGGGAUAAAUUAUUCGACUAAAAAAAAAAACAAAACAUAAACAAUGCAUCUUAAAAUGGUUGGAAUGGUUGCUAGGGGUGGUUACCGUGUUGUUAUCGAUUCUCAAAUACCAUUUUCUAUCUUAAAAUGAAGAUGGAGUGUGUGUGAAUUGACUUUGAAACAGAAAAGGAAUGUGAUCGAGUGUAAUACAUAAUUGUCGUCGUGUUGUUGGAGAUAGAAAAUAUUCUCCAUCCGAAUAGAAUAGAAUAGUUGUCGAGAGUUGGCUGAGCCUAUGUUAAGAACUUGGUUGGGCUAACGAUUUUCAGUUUUCGUUCGAACUUUGUUCAAUAAAUCUAGUUAUAAUGAGGUCUGUUUCCAGUUAGCUCAUUUGAUUAAACUGUCAAACGGAGUUUGAAAUGUCUGAGUUUGCAAGGCAACUCAAUAAUUGAUGGAUCAUAGAACUCUGGUUAAGUUGAAUGUGAUCCAAUUCUUAACAGGCGUAUUGUGAUCAAUUACUAUGUUCAGUGUGAUUAAUUACUAUGUUCUGUAAACUUGCGUUUAGUUUGAAGGAUCAAUUUGUUGAUUGAAUUGACUCUUUGUGUCAUUAAAUUAAUUGAAAUGAAAUAUUAUGGAACAGACAAAGCCUAUUAUUUUUAUAAAAUCGAUAACAUUUCAUUAUGGUACAGAAUUCCCAUUUUAUCUUAGAAACUUUCUGUAGUGAUCUAUUUUAUUAAUCUGUAAAAUUUGCUGCCAUUUCUAUCCAAAUAGUACUGAUGAUAUAUUUCCCAUAAGAUACACAAUUAUUCAUUAAAAUAUGGACUAUGUCAUUCAUUAAUUUGAUUUUUAUGUCUUAUUGUGUGAGCAAUUCCCCAUCUAAAUAUUCUUCAUAUUCCUUGUAUUGUUUUCUUCAUUGAGCUGUAAGAACUCGCCAACUUAUAAAAGUUUCAAUUUUUAAUACUGGCUUAUAGAUUUGAGUCUUGAAACUCAAGUCUAUAAGCCAGCUAGAUUCGAGUCGUGAAAAAUCUUAAAUCACAUUAUUUACAAAUUAUUUCCAAACUUGUAACCUGAACUAGAAGUGGCAAACUUACUAAAAUGAAUUAGAAUGCUCUUUCAAAAUGUAAAGGCCAUUUCCAAAAUUGUAACCAGUGACAAAGCUACUGAAAUGUCAAUGAUAUAGUAUAUUGAAUGCUUGUACAGUAUAAUAAUGUAAAACCUGGAUACAAAUGUAUUUGUUUUGAGGUGGCAGCAAAUUUAAUAGUUAUAUAUUUGCUAUUAUUAGCAGUAGUCGUAAGCAAGUUCCGCAUUCUAUAAAAUGUAAACAAUUAUCACAUUUCCGUAACUUCGUGAAUUUCUUUGCUAGAAAUGAAAACCGAAAUGAACUUGCAUUGACUUUAGUGUUUAUAAAAUAUUUGUUACGUGUAUAAAUUGUGUUAAAGUUGUCGAACAACUCAGUAUACAGAUACUGUAUUUCGUUUUUCCAAAGAAUAUCAAGGAGCAGGGAUGUUAUAAAUCAACAUUUAAUGGCAAAUAAUCGGAAAAUUGUUCAUUUUUCUUCUAGCUCCAUUGUGGUUGAAUAAGCCAUUGGUUUGAACUGAUGCCAUUUUGUUUAUUUCAAUUAUACACAUUUUCAAAUCCAUUUUGGGCAUCUGAUUAAGAAAUCUAAAAAAAUAUGUGUUAUAUAAUCAUUUUUGAUGAUAGAAUCAUUCUAAAUUCUUGUCAAUUAUUUUGUGUUGGGGGAAAUAUAGAUCAUCAUUACUUGAUGUGUAUUGUUAGUACUUUAUUCUUGUUUAUGUUAUCUAUUGAUGUUUUCUGUUGAACGGGGAACAUAUACUAUACAUGCCAUGUUAACAACAUUGUUCCUAUACCUUAUUGUAAGAGAAGGCUGCAAGUCUUCUACUCGCUUAUGAAUAAUUGUUCAGGCCAUUUGAAGGAUUGAAUCCUGUUCAAUGUAAACCAUAUACAUGUUUGGUUUAGUUAUGUACACAGAGUGUAGGAACGAAUGAGCUGUUUAUACCGGGUGAUUAUAUGAAAAGACUUUACAACUUGAGAAGUUCAUAAAUAUCUAUCAAAAUUAUAAUAUAUAAAAAGACUUUUGAAAAGUUCAUAAAUAUCUAUCAAAAUUAUAAAUAUUCAUUAAAAUCACUUGAAGAAUUCAGAAAGUUUCGUUGUGUUUCAAAGUUUGAUUUGUGUUGUAAAAAUUAUUAAAUUUGUAACUCUUUGUGUUAUUUUCAUCCAUUUGUAUUAUUUUCAUGUAUAUAUGUGCUACGGUAAUGCGACUGGCUCGUAGUAUUGACGUUUAUAUGUACACAAUAUAUGUUUUGUCAUGAACCUAAUUGCCGUUUACAUACGAAGUUGUAAAGUUUUUUAUAAUCACCAUUUAUUUAAAACUGUUAUCUCGUUUUCACGUACAGUAAAUAUAGUUAUCUAUCCAUUCCAAAUCAUGACUAUAUUCUUUAUGAUGUUAUAAAAAUAUUGUGAUUGAACUUUAAAUCAAUCAGCUAUAAAAGCUUACACAAAAUAUUUAUCCAUUUGUGAAAACGUGUGACGGUAUGCCUGCUACGCAUAAAACAUAUAGCUCAAAUCAGUAUUUCCACUUCUUUGUUACUGGCGCCUGUUCAUAGCUCUUUGAAAUUAAAAUUGAGUUUUCAAAUUAAAAUUUAAAAUCAUACUCUAUUGCUGAAUAACGUAACUAUACUAUCUACUAGACUAUUACUAUUUACUAUAAAUAUUCAUGAUUAUUAAUUAGAAAGUGAAUAAGUCAAAAUAUUAUAAGUUAUAUAUUCGUGCACAAAUUUACAAAGGUCUGAAAAUUUGAAAGGACUUAACAAGUCAAACAAACACCAAGCAGAAAUAAUUUUAUAGUCACUUUUUCUUAUGUGAAUCUAAGUGCAUUAAGAAAUUCAAGUUAUAGGUGAAUUCAGUUUUGUAAAAAAAUUCCUCUGUUCCAAACAAUAAAAUGUCUUGUGUUUCUAUACAAAAUAGAAACUAGUAAUUACAAAUUGACCUGUACAUUAUCUCCGUGUUUCUUAAUCAUAUGUAGAUUUGAGUAUUUUGUAAAAUCAAAUAGCUAUGAAACAGGUGUUAUGUUUAUUUAUUGUUAAAAUUUGUUGCUAUGAACAAAUUUUAUUAUAUUUUCUUUGGGAUUACCAUUCUUUAUUUUUCUAUUACGUGUUUGUUGCUAUGACAUUGUUCAUAUUAUAUCAUUUGAAACAGAAUUACUUUUGUGACUACUAUCCGAUUGUUUAAUUCGUAUUCUGUUGAGAAUUUAUUUUUCUAAAUAAUUAUUCCUUCAUGGGAAUUGAUUCAGACUGAUACAAUGCUUUGUUAUUUGUUUACACUUACAUUUAUUUUGAGGCAAGAUCCUUCUAAUAACAGGAAUGUUUUGCAUAGUGUAAAUAUUAAUGAAGACAAGAGUAGUUUCCAGCUAAUUCGUUCUUGCUCGUUACUUGAAAUACGCAAGCGCGGAAAUUGAUUCUACAAUUUGAGUCAUCAACAUAGCAGGAUGUAUCAGUUAGGGGAGUUCAAGAGAAUUUUAGAUUGUAUAUCGAUUUAAAGUUGUGAUCAGAAGGUAAUCUUAAAAUUAUCCUCACUGUGUUUAUGUUUUUUUUUCACUUGUGGCUUUAUUUUCAUUACGCCACAGUAGCAUUCUAUGUGGUGAACAAGUUACUUGAAUGUAAUGUAUUGACAAAUGACAAUGAAUGUGCAUAUAUAUAUGCCAUCAGCUUAUUAUAUUGUUUAUUUUCAUAGCUGUCAUUCUAAAACAAUGAUAGCUUGGUGGCUGACUCGUUUAUCGCAUGCUAAUACUACUCAAUAUGAGAUUAAUCUUUACUCUAAAAUAUUUUGCCAGUUUACAACAAGAAUAAUCAAUAUUUUUCCGGUUUAUUUUCGCUGAUUUUGCCUGUUACAAUAUGUUUUCAGCAUUCUGUUAAUUCAAAAACCGAUGAAUGUUAUAAUUACUAUCAAUUUGAAAACAAAAUAUAUAGUCAAUAUGUAAUUAAAAUAUAUUAUUUGUUUGGAUUAAUAAAUGAUUAUUUGUUGAAA